AUGGAUUUCACAACAAAAUCCGUCUUGAAAUGGGAAGUGGAUGAUGUGGUUGCUUGGCUUAACGAAUCUAAACUUGGUGAUUUUGAAAAAAUCUUCAGAGAUAAUGAAAUUGAUGGUCUAACAUUAUUGAAAUUAAAUGAUGCCAUGGUUGUACGAUUAUUUCCUACAAUUAGAUUAGAAAUUCAAUUUAUUGAUCUACUUAAUCAACUAAAACAAAAACAUUCAUGCGAAACGAAUGGUAGCACAUUAUCGUCAUGUUCGACAACAAGCGUUCCUGCUCAAGCGUCAUCGUCAUUCGAUGACAAUCUGUCAAAUUCAUCAUCGCCAUCCAAUCAUAAUAAUCAUUCAAUACAUUAUAAUCAUCAUAAAAUUUCACAGAUAUCUCGUCAAACACCAAAGCCACAUCCACCAAAAAUGGUCAAACGUGAACCAAAAUAUUAUUCACCAGCAAGUUUACAACAAAAUUUAUCGUUAAAUGCCGGCGAAAAUGGCAAUAAUGGUAGUUUAGACAGUGGAGAACAUGAUACAAAACAUUCAUUUCCACAUAUCUAUCAAUUACCGGCAUUUCCUGAUACAUUACGUUUAGCACUUUUAAGCCAAGAUCCAAGUGCAUUUAAAUUACGAACAUACUAUAGAAAUUUAUUAAUUAGUUCAUUAUAUGACGAUUUAACAAGAACUUAUAAUUUAUGGUAUCCAAAUGCUCGCCAAUAUAAGACUGUUGCCUCUGCAUUAGUAAAAGCUUAUCCUUUUCUCGAACAAUCAACGGACGGAGGAGAAUCUGCCUGGGUUGAUGGUAUCAAAGGAAAGUUUAAACGUGGUCGUCGUACUGUAACAAGUUAUACUGAUGUUGUUCAACCAUCUGAAAAUGGAAUGGAUAAUAGUAAUGGACAUCUCGGCGGUGGUAGCAUAGAUCAAUUUGACGAUAAUGAUGAAAAUAAACCGCAUGGACAAAAACGUUCGAGACAUGAAUUAGAACUAGACACAUAUUCAGAUAAUGAAGAUUAUGAAUCGGGUGAAAUGAUGGAAAAUCAAAAAGAUCAAGAACAAAAUAGUGAAAAUAAUGAUGAACUUGAUGAUGAAGAAUCUAAUCGUUUACGUGGUUUCAUUCAUGCUAUGCAAGAAGCCAUGGCAUCUUCUGAACCUGAUUUAUCUCUAAUUACGGAUUAUUUUAAAGAAACGUUUCAUUCUCGACGAUCCUUUGUUAAAACUCAUAACACAACUGAAAUUUUAUCCGAAUACCCAGCAUUAACCUUACAAACAUGUUUGCUAACGGAUUUUCAUAUGCAAACAAAUAUCCCAAUACAAACUGUAUUCAUCCAUAAACUACGUUCGAUAUCGAAAUCAAUAUUACGCCUAGCAAAAGAAACGAGUUGUGCACCAGAAAUAUUACAAUCAUAUCAUGCCAUUGUUACACAAAGACCACAACUUGAUCAAAUUUUGGCCGAUACGUUUGCUCUUCUCAUCGUAUCAAGAUAUUUCGAUGAAGAUCGUUUUUUACUGACAUCUUCAGAAAAAGAUACCAAUUCUCCGUGGCCAAUAAUUCGUGGUGAUCAUCCAGCCAAUAGUUUUUAUGAUGGUAAAUCGAUAUCGUACAACAUUGAAUUAGAUUAUAUACGCUUGUUUUCACGUCCACUAAAUGAUUUUCUAACAGCUAUUAUUACAUUAUUUGCUGUUUAUACGGUAUUUGAAAUAACCUACGGUAAACUAGAAAUGACAUUAUCAUUUAUCGAUUGUCUGCUAAGAGAAAAUCAAAGUUCAUCAACACGUCCACCACAAGUGAUUGAAUUAAUUAAUGAACUAAAUUCAAUGAAAUAA